AUGACUUCAAUUAAGGUAGCAUAUUUGGGUCCCCCAGGGACAUACUCACAUCAAGCCGCACGCCAACAAUUCGAGCCUUAUGCUCUAUCAGAUGACGCAUCAGUAAUUUAUCUUCCACAGCCAUCAAUUAAUUCAUGUUUCAAAGCGAUUUCGAAAGAUGAAUGUGACUACAGUAUAAUUCCAUUUGAGAAUUCAUCCAAUGGUCAAGUUGUCUUGAGUUAUGACCUAUUCCGUGAUUGGUUCAUCAAAGAAGAUCAAUUGAGGCUCAAACUGAGGGAGUUGGAACAAAGUGGCAGUUCUCAAGCGUCUUCUGUCAAAACUCCCGACUUUCAAGUAAUUGGCGAGCAAUUUGUUGCCAUACACCACAAUUUCAUAACUUUUGCUUCAGACAUAUCAAAGAUCAAAACUAUAUAUUCACAUCCUCAAGUGUGGUCACAGUGUAAUAAAUUUCUACACAAGCAUGAGUUGGAUAAUAAUAUCAAAGUACAGAAGAUUGACACGUCCUCGACUUCGAAAGCAGUUGAGAUUGUUGCUUCUCUGCAGACGGAUGAAGAAAGACAAACAACAGCUGCCAUGGCAUCAUUGACUGCCAGCGAGAUUCAUGGCGUUCCAGUCAAGGUUUCUCAAAUCGAAGAUUUCAAAGGCAAUACUACAAGGUUCUUGGUGCUAGGCAAAAAACCAUUACCAGAUUUACGCCAUUCUUUUGACUCUAAUUCAGUAUCAGACAAACGUAUGACUCUUCUAACCUUUAUUAUUAAGGAUAACGAUAAUUUUGGAAGCUUGUGCAACAUACUGCAGGUCUUCAAAAAAUUCAAUCUCAACUUGCAAUCGAUAACUACGAGGCCCUCAAUUGUGAGUCCUUGGAGGUACGUAUUCUUCGUGGAAGUUUGGGAGGGAGAGGGUCUUCCUGAAGCAUUAUCUGAGGUAGAGGAGCUGGUCCUUGAUCUGACGGUGAUUGGCUCGUUUGCAAGAAGCAAGAAAUUCUUUCAAAUGAUCGAAACUGGCUUCCCCUGA